ACUCACGAACCAUCAUUUGUUUCUCCCAAAACACCGUCUUCUCUUUGCAUAUUCUCUCUCUCUCUCGCUCGCUCUAGCUGAUUCAGUUCCCUCUCUGCACUUGGAGACACACAGGGAAAGGAUCCAAAGCUUGUCCGACAAUGAAGAAGUCGGGGUGGUUUGCAGUCUCGGCGGCUGCAGCUUCUGCUACUGUCGUCUCUUAUUCAUCAUCUUCUUCUUUGAUCUUCUCGUGCACGUCCAAGCUUCAGUUUUCGAACCAGGAACACGUCUCGAGCGCCGACCAAGCUGCUUCUUGUUCGCAAAACUCGGGCUCGGCUGAUAAGUUUGCGCCGAGGUUCGACGGCCUGCGCUUCAUCGAAACGCUGGUUACAGCUCACAGAUGACUCCAUCAGUUCACAUCCUUCGACUUUCGUCUGUAGAUAUUCACCCUAAUUCUUGCAGGGUGGCAACCCUGAAACCGCAGCUUUUAAUUGCGUUUCUCAUUUCGAAAGAGAAGGGAAGUUGGAGUUCUUUGUCUUAGCCUAUUAGGUGUUGGAAGUAAUUUUCCUGUAAGGACAACUCCUUCCUUAAUGGUAUGAUUCCAAGUUCUCAUUGUCACGA